AGCUGAGAAGAGGAAGACCGAGCAGGGAGGAAUGAGUAGCUGAUGUCUGCUGAGAAGAGGAAGACCAAGCAGGGAGGAAUGAGUAGCUAAUGUAAGCUGAGAAGAGGAAGACCGAGCAGGGAGGAAUGAGUAGCUGAUGUCUGCUGAGAAGAGGAAGACCAAGCAGGGAGGAAUGAGUAGCUAAUGUAAGCUGAGAAGAGGAAGACCGAGCAGGGAGGAAUGAGUAGCUGAUGUCUGCUGAGAAGAGGAAGACCAAGCAGGGAGGAAUGAGUAGCUAAUGUAAGCUGAGAAGAGGAAGACCGAGCAGGGAGGAAUGAGUAGCUAAUGUCUGCUGAGAAGAGGAAGACCAAGCAGGGAGGAAUGAGUAGCUAAUGUCUGCUGAGAAGAGGAAGACCCAGCAGGGAGGAAUGAGUAGCUAAUGUAAGCUGAGAAGAGGAAGACCGAGCAGGGAGGAAUGAGUAGCUAAUGUAAGCUGAGAAGAGGAAGACCCAGCAGGGAGGAAUGAGUAGCUAAUGUCUGCUGAGAAGAGGAAGACCCAGCAGGGAGGAAUGAGUAGCUAAUGUAAGCUGAGAAGAGGAAGACCAAGCAGGGAGGAAUGAGUAGCUAAUGUAAGCUGAGAAGAGGAAGACCCAGCAGGGAGGAAUGAGUAGCUAAUGUAAGCUGAGAAGAGGAAGACCCAGCAGGGAGGAAUGAGUAGCUAAUGUAAGCUGAGAAGAGGAAGACCAAGCAGGGAGGAAUGAGUAGCUAAUGUAAGCUGAGAAGAGGAAGACCGAGCAGGGAGGAAUGAGUAGCUAAUGUGUAAUGAGGUGUCUGAUCAUGGACAGAUAAUGGAUGUGGAGACAACAACACCGUACUCUGACUUCAUUAACUGUGAUCGUACAGGCCGCAGGAACGCAGUACCUGACAUACAGGGACAGGGGGCAGCAGCCAGCACCAGUGAAUUAACCAAAGACAUGGAAGGGCUGGACCUGAAGGUGGCGGAAGGAGACUCUGGUGCAUCACCAGCCCCUGAGGGUGAAGGGUUGACCAGCCAAGAGGCCCAGGGAGGCGAGGGCCCAUCCUAAUCCACCUCACAGGAGUGGAGAGCGGGACACGGAGAAGAAGGGACAGAAUAAGACAGAGAGAGGAUCUCCUGAAUGUCCUGCCUGACUAGACCCUACCCCUCUCCUAACUCAACAGUGAUGACAUCUCUCACUGUGUAGCUUUGAUGGAGCUUUGCUGGUCCAGCUGCAUGAUCCUUCUCCUUUAUCAAUUGGCAUUGUGGGAAAUGUAGUUGACAGAACAGUUGUUGACAAGUAGGACUACAUCUGUUCUUUGCCUAGAGGUGCUGCUGGGCUACGGUGGUAAAGGAAAAGUUCUCACAUCACUAUGAGAAUGUACCAAACUUUGGAUCUAUGUCUUUCCAGAUGUACUGAACACUAUCCUUUCUUAGAAUGAAAUGUUGUUGUUCUAAACCUAACAUGGAACUAUCAUCAAAAACGAGCUACGCAGAAUCUAUAAUCAUGUUUGCCAUUUAUUUUGUGUUUAUUAUUUUACCUUUUGUUUUACAAUAAUAAUUGUAGUAUCAUAUUUAUUUCAAAUGGUUCUCUGAUACCUUUUGUAAUAGUCAUUUCUUUUCUGUAAUAAAAGGUUUAUCUUCUGUUA